AUGUUGCGCUCUUCCGUUUUUCUAGCAACAGCUAGUUUGGUAGAGGUCGCGGCGGGUAUAUAAAGGAUAAAGGGGAAAAAAAAUUUUUGAUAUAGAAGAAACCAUGGCAACCAAGCAGACAAAUGGCUGUCAUUAGAAAAAGAAAUGGCGUUUCAUUUCUUGUAAGUGUUUUUCGUUUUUCUUCGUGACAGUCGGUUGUAAAAAGUUGUAAAAAAUGCCGAAUUAUUGUUGUGUCCCGAUGUGCACUUCUGGUUAUGUAAGAAAGGGAACUGUCCCAGAAAAAGUUGCGUUGUUCUCGACAAAAGACAAAAAAAUGCAAAAACUUUGGAUGAAAUAUAUCCCUAGAAAAAAUUACAUAUUCACUGACAAGUCGAGGGUUUGCUCCCAUCAUUUUGCAGAUUGUGACAUAGACAAAGGGUAUUUCUUGACUGUUGCAGGACAACAAGUUUUCCAGGAACGGAAAAGAUGGAUACUGAAACCGGGUGCAAUUCCUAAGAUAUUUCCUAAUUGCCCAUCUUACAUGACAAAAGUCACAUGCAGCCAACAUGAAGCACAUGAAGCUCAACAUAUGCCAUUACAAGAAACUGAGAAGGCCCUUUAUUGGGAAACGGGAAUUAUCAACAUGAAAUUUCCAAGUAAUUGGUCAUAUACCAAGGAAAAGGACAAUUUCAACAUAUUUAAAGUACUGAGAGACAAAGGAAGUUUGGAAAUCGAAAAAAGUUUGGUUCUCUGUAAAGGAAUAGUUUCUUAUCAUGUGAAGAAAUUGGAAGUUCCACAGACUCUAGAAUUUCUGCCAUCUUUACUAACAUCGAUUUGUAUGCUGGAAAACGUUAUCAACGUCAUCAGCUUAUCGGGCAGAGGUUGACUUAGGGAAAUUGAACAUCCUGGACUGGUUUGAAAGAUCGAUGGAAACUCUGGGUGUGAUGGUGAAGGAAAGUAAAUUCAAUCCCACCAUUUGCUGCAACACACACCGGAAGGAACUUGUCGGAAAAUUAGUUUUGGAGUAUUUAAUCAUCAGAAAUUACCUGGAAACUAAAAAGUGGGUUAAAGAAUUCAGUCAACAAUCAAAGUCAAAAUCACUGCGUAAACAAGCUAAAGUGAUCUCUUAGUCUCUUUUUCUUUGUUUCAUUUUACCGUACUGCCGUUCUUAGUUUCUUACUGACUAAUGUACAGUUGAAGAAACAAUUCAAGCAAUAAAACGCGUUCAAAAUGUGUUA